UCCGUCGACAGCAACCUUAUCAACUCUCAUUAUUAACGCCGCGACAGCCGCAGUUACAAACGUCCCCGGCCUACCUACAAUCCAGCGGAAAGCCUCAUGGUCCUACCAGGUAUGAAGCCAAAGUACACUGAGGAUCCAAAGCGUCCUAGCGAGACGCGCCUGCCUGGCUUCGGAUGGCUGCCCAACAGGAUCCGUCAUCUAUUCAUUGCCUGCCUGGGAGAGUUUGUUGGCACCUUUCUCUUUCUCUUCUUCGCAUUCGCAGCCACUCAAGUCGCCAACAACCUCCUCAAUGGCAAGCGUAUGGACAUUGAGUCGCUCAUGUACAUCUCACUGGCCUUCGGUUUCUCACUAGCAGUCAAUGUCUGGAUUUUCUUCCGCAUCAGUGGAGGACUUUUCAAUCCUGCUGUUACCAUCGCCAUGGGUCUAAUCGGAGCCGUCCCUUGGUUGAAUGCCGCUGUGCUCGUCGUUUCGCAGAUACUUGCAGGUAUUGCUGCGGCUGGCAUGGUAUCAGCCCUUUUCCCUGGGCCACUUUCCGUUCGCACGACUCUUAGCCGAGAGACAUCCGUUGUGCGGGGCCUGUUCAUUGAGAUGUUCUUGACUGCCCAGCUCGUCUUUUGUAUCUUUAUGCUGGCGGCCGAGAAGCACCGAUCGACAUUCAUUGCCCCUAUCGGCAUUGGACUUGCUCUGUUUGUGGCUGAGAUGGCUGGUGUGUACUUUACUGGAGGGUCUUUGAAUCCUGCUCGAUCCUUCGGUCCUGCUGUCGUCCUGCGUAGCUUCCCUAGCUACCACUGGAUAUACUGGCUCGGACCUCUGCUCGGUGCGAUAGUCGCGGUCUUCUUCUAUCGUCUAAUCAAGGCACUCGAGUACGAGACAGCCAAUCCCGGUGCCGAAGGUAAUGGCCAUGAAGCAUACCAUAUGAAUUCGAAAGGGCAAGCUGUACAUGAUGAUGGCCGCCCGUCAACCCGCCAUGGGACUGAUGGGGCCAACGAACACGACUUUGCAUCCCAAUUACAAUCAGGCAAGAGACAGCCGUCGAGAAUCCAACGACAAGUGAAGCCAUCGAGCAACACAGCCACUAUGGAGCAUAUCGAGAAGCCCACACACCCAGAGGCAGUAUUUGCCCAAGGUAUGGACGGCCAUCGAUCGGACAACGCAGUCAAUCAUCCCGAUGAUCGUCCUCGUGCCCAACACAAGCGUGCCUCUUCGAACUACGAGAUAGCCUCCGACAGAAGCUAUCGCAGCGGCCCGGACGCAGAGUCUGGCAGUUCAAUGUCGUAGACUGGCUCUUCUUCCAACUCAAGCUCCACUUCGGCCCCCAGUGCCUGACAUGAGAAGCCGUCGACUGAACCCGGGUGUAUCGACGGUGCUCUGUAUUGGCCUUGCUGC